AUGACAACGACAACCACGCCGGCCUGUCACCCCAUCCAAGGAUGCGAGGCGGCCCCUCAGCCCGCGGCAGCCCCAGGGCCGUGCCCCGGCCGCAGGGCACCGGCUGUGGAGCGCAGGCCGCGGCGCCGCCCGCGGGCAGGGAUGUCGGCGCUGGCUUCGCGCCGAGGCGCCCAGGUGCGGCUCCGGGCCGCCGCCUCACGGUGCCCCCGCGCGGUGCCGGCUGCCCCGAGCCCGGAGGCGGCAGCGAGGGCCGGCGGCGGCCGCGGCCUGAGGCGCCCCCGCGGGGUGUGCGCGCUGCGGCCGGGACUACAACUCCCAGCAGCCCCCGCGGCGCCGAGCAGUGGUGCGGGGCCCGGCCGCGCCGCGGGGGCUGCUGGGAGAGCGAGUCCGCGUUCGCCGCCACCCCCGCUCAUCCGCCCGACCGACCGCGCGGCUCGGGCCAAGCCCGUGUGUCCUGCCGCCGGCUCGGCCCCGGCCGCCCCCCGCACCUCCCCCGGCUCCCCUCACCUGGUAGCGGGGCCGGGUGGCGGCGGAGGAAGAGGAGACGGGGAGAAAGGGAGGGAGGAGGGGAAGGGGGGGCCGUAUCCUGAGCGCAGCCGUGCGGGGAUGGAGGCGGCGGGCGGCGGCGAAGGGCCGGGCUGCGGCUGCAAGGGGAUCCGCUCCUGCCUGCUCUGCGAGGGGCCCGCGCAGGCCGCUCCGCCCCCGCAGGGAGAAGAUAAUUUCACUUACUGUCCAGCAACAGGCCUGGCUAAAGGAAAUGAGCGCUCGGAGUUUGCUGGCUGGGCAUUCCCAUUUCCAGGGGUGUUUCUGACAGAGGAGUUCAUUAGCAAAGAUGAAGAGUCGGAGAUAGUUGAACUGAUGGAUCGGGAUGACUGGAAACCAUCACAGUCUGGCCGAAAGAAGCAGGACUAUGGACCUAAAGUGAACUUCAAGAAACAAAGGCUGAAAGCUGGCAGCUUUACUGGUUUGCCAAGUUUUAGUAAAAAGAUUGUAGCACAAAUGAAGGCCUGCUCUGUACUAGGCGGUUUCUUACCUGUUGAACAAUGUAAUCUGGACUACAUGCCAGAAAGAGGUUCUGCCAUCGACCCACAUUUUGAUGACUGGUGGCUUUGGGGAGAGCGUCUGGUUAGCUUAAACUUGCUCUCAAAAACCGUGCUAUCCAUGUCUUGUGAUUCAGAGGAUAGUAUCCAAUUAUUUCCCACUUUCAGCAAAGAAAAUGGGGAAUUAAGUCCCCCUGGAUCUCUUACACAGACGUCAGCAUGCAAAAAUUCAGGCGAAGAGACAGUCAACUGUGUUUUAUCCCCAAGGCUUGUUCCAAGUAAAGAGGUGACUGUUGCCAUUCACCUGCCCCGACGGUCUCUGGUGGUGCUGUACGGUGACGCACGGUACAAGUGGAAACACGCCAUUUACCGCAAGCAUAUAGAGCAUCGCCGAAUCUGUGUCACGUUCAGGGAGCUGUCUGCAGAGUUCAGCGCCGGAGGAACGCAGGAGGAACUGGGUAAAGAACUGCUAGAAAUAGCUCUUUCGUUUCAAGGAAGACCGGUGUGAUCAGCAAGAGGAAGCUCAAAUUGUAUUUUUGUUAAGAAAUUUAAAAAAUAAGUACGGAAUUCGUACAACUCGGUUUAUUUCUGAAGUGUGCGUAUGGAACCAGGUGUUUGCAGGGAGAAGCUCAAUCAAAUGGAAAUUUAACAAACAGAAAUGGGGGAGUGCAAGGAAGGGGUGGGCUGCUUGUUACUGCAAAGACUCUCCUGGGCAAUGGGAGCUUUUAGGCAAAAGUCAGAAAUGAGCUGCUGUAUUCAUUGUAACAAAAUGCCAAAAAGCAAAUAGCCGGUUUUUAGAUACUCAAAUGAAACUAAGAAAGAAUCAUCAGACUGCCCUUGGCACAGAUUCAGCCCAGGCCCUGCAGCAGAUUUUAGCCUUUCCUCGGUUCCGUCACGCUGCGUUCAGCCUUGCCCUGUGCCGUAGGGACACAACUACCUUCUCGCUCGCUUCACAGGUCCUUCAGAGAUCCGCUCUCCAGGGGAGCAGGGUAAGCAAGCACCUCUCCACAGAUAGUACAACACACUCAGAACUAAUUAAAGUAAUUAUCCUUUGCUGAAGAUUCAUGCUCUAACAGUGAGGACUGAUCAUAAAUACUGUGUGUGACCCGUAACUUAGGUGACCACAGAGCAGCGUUUGCAGAGGGCCGAUGCCGACUCAUUCGCAGAGGCAGUCUGGACAGAGCUCAGAGCAAAAGCUUGCACAGACUGUGUUAUUUUCUGAUCAUUUGUCAUCCCCGAACCCCGCUGUCAGCUGUCAGUAGCAAGAGCCUGAUUUUGGGAAUCGGCUGGGCAACAGACUGCGGCACGGGCGGCUAUCAUUUUUUUUCUUGGCACCUCAGCAGUCAGGUUUGAAUCAUGCCUUGUACCUAAGACUCAAGGAGUCAUUUGUAGCAGAAGCCGCUCUGGGGCCAUCUGUCUGCUCCGAACAAACUUCUGUGCUCUUGAAAAUGAAGCUGUACUGCCAAAGUGUGAUCCUUUAAUAAAGACAGUCGUGUUAUUGAAACCA